AUGGAUCUUAGAAUUGCCCUAGGAGAAAAGGGUGGAUAUCAGAAGGAAAGACAAGUAUAUGAUUUUGUUCUGCUGUCUGCUAAAUCGAAAAAUAAAAAUCUUAAACCUGGUCCUAAGAAUGCUAAACAGAAGAAAGUGAAAGGAAAACGGGCUGGCACUGGAGACAGAGGGCCAGAUUCCUUGGUGAAGAAGAGCAGUCCCGGGGAGGAGGAUGGUGAACCUAAGGAGAAGCAGCAGCCGGUGCGGAUGAGCCAGGGCUUCAUUAACCAGCACACAGUGGAACGUAAGGGCAAGAAAGUUUGCAAAUAUUUUUUUGAAAGGAAAUGUAUCAAGGGAGACCAGUGUACGUUUGAUCAUGAUACAGAGAUGGAGAAAAAAAAGGAAAUGUGUAAGUUUUAUGUCCAGGGCUAUUUUACCCGAGGUGAAAACUGCCUGUAUUUGCAUAAUGAAUACCCCUGCAAGUUUUAUCACACAGGAACAAAAUGUUACCAGGGAGAGCACUGCAGGUUUUCCCAUGCUCCCCUGACGGCCAAAACACAGGAGCUGUUGGCUAAAGUUUUGGAUACCGAAAAGAAGACAUGUAAAUAAAGUAGAC